AUGCCUCUGGGCCUCUUUGGCUCUCAUUCAAAACCCCAGCCGUUAACUAGCGUCGAUAGUGGUGGCCACAAAGAGAAGAAAGAAGGGCCGGAGAAGGAUGGUCGUGGUACGGUGCUUCGCUUAGAGAGGACCACUGUAACUAUUGAGAAGAAACUUGCUGAGGGAGGAUUCGCGAUAGUAUACCUGGUGACUGACAAGCACAACCGCCAGUAUGCCUUGAAACGUCAGUUUAUCAAUGAUGACAGCAAGCGAGUCGAUGCAUGCCGACGAGAAUAUCAGAUUGUUAGCAGUUUGAAAGGGCACAAGAACAUCGUGAGUUAUGUGGACCAUAUUCUCUACAAAAAUAAGUUUGGUAUUUAUGACUACAUGUUGCUAACGGCAUACUAUAAGAGUGAGUUACUACGCUUCUUCUUUUUCGUUGAUUUAAUUUCGUUUAAUUACCUAAUCCUAAUUACUCACAAAUUUUGCUACUUUCAAAAAUCUAUUGAUUGA